AUGGCCUCCCGCUCUCCAGAUUACUCGGAUGACGAGUUUGACUUUGACGAGGAAUACUUUUCCCGCACUUACCAACCCCUCUCGAACCUUCCGACCCCACCUCCCUCGUCACGCGAGUCUUUGGCCAGCCAGAGUCCCCGGAGCCUCCUGGAAAAUGGAGUGCUUCUCGACUCGGCGCUGCUAGGCCCAGCAAUCCAUUUGGUCAAUCUCGUCCCUCCCGCCGCAUCCCUCUCGGUUCCGUCUGUUACGCUCGUUCACGAGAUGCUUGUCCGCUCCGAUCUUCCCAUGGACGUCAUUGCCCUUGCUGUGUGCAUCCUGGACUCGCUCAACUCCAAGUUCUCGCUGAACUGGCGACUGCGGUGCCCUCUGUCGCAGCAUGAGCCCGCUAACGAAUUCACUAAGCGGCACACUAUCCAGUUCAGGCCGGCGGAAAGCACGCAGCUCCACAUCGACUCGGUCAGCCCCGAAGUGAUCAUCUUAGGGGCACUCAUCAUCGCAUUCAAAUUCUUGGGCGACUGCCAGGAGUCAACGCACUACUACCGGUCAGCGUGGGGCAAGAAUAGGUGGACGUGCGACCAAAUCAACGUAACCGAGAGGUGCAUCAUGGAGAGCUUGGGUUACCGGAUUUUGCCGCUCUGCCAUCCGGUGCUCAUUGCCGACGCAGUCAAUGAUAUGCAGCGCGCGGCAAGGCAGGUGGCGUUUGUACCGCAGCCCAGAAAUGGGGAGGCACACAAGCGCUCCGUGAGCUCAGGCGUCGCACUCUCUGGUCAUUCUAUUCCGUUGACACCGGCAGAAACGCCAGUGUCCGAACAUGGGCCAACUGUCAGCCCCGUGCGUGAAGCUGUGGGGGUUGCAUUCGGAGCCGAGGGGUUUGUCUCGGUGGAUUCUUCGAUGUUGCAGCUGCCCCAGCGUCCGAAGACAAGGACACCCCAGACCGCUAGUUGA